AUGCUGGUGAGCGGUUUGAUUUUGCGAGUGAUCAGCGUUUGCAUCUCACCGUAUGAGCUACUUGUGGAUGGUUUCCCUUCAAAGAAUGGAACUACUUCCUCAAACUCCACAACUCCAUUCCUACUCUCCCAGCCUCCAGAAUCCAUGGAUUCGUCUCGACUCAUCUCCAAUCCUAUAGUCACUCUCGCAGCUACUAUGCGUGUCAGCAAGGGUCUUUCCAGUUCUCUACGACAAAUUGCUUUAGCUACAAUUCUUACUCGCGCGGGUCUUGGACUUAAGCCGUCUACUCUAAUGCGAACUUGGAGUGGUGUGCUUCGAUUAACUUGUAUUCCUUGUUUGACGGAAGCGUUGGUUUGCACCAUUGUUGCCAACUUUGUACUUGCUGCCGUUUCACCAGCUGUUGUGGUGCCGAAUAUGCUUCGCUUGGAAAUUGCCGGUUGGGGAAUGGGGGCCGGAAUUCCAACUCUAAUUAUGGCGGCGGCUAGUUUGGACGAUGUGUUAGCUAUUACAGGUUUUGGAGUAGCACAAGCCAUCGCCUUCAGUGAGGGCAAAAUCGUCCAAGUGGCUUUUAAAGGUCCCACGGGUGUGGCCAUCGGAGCUCUGGCUGGAGUGGUUCUGGCAAUUGUAAUUUGCAUUCUACCUCCCCCUGGAAUGGUAAGUGAAAUAUCUAUUUAUAUCAAAUAG